AUGUUGCUACCCGACAUAUCGUACGCCAUCUUUGUUUUGAAUGUUUUGGUGAGGAAGUCUCUACAGAGUACUGAUGUGUUUCAUGUUGUAACUGGGUCACCUCCAGGAAACGAAUAUUUGAUUGCAGAAAAAGAAACAACUAGAAGUAAAAUUCAUUGUGCUAGCUGGUGUACAAUGACAGUAACCUGUAAUUCAGCAGUCUUCAACAGUACAACAAUGCAUUGUGGGUUAUAUCGUGAAUCUCAAUCUGCCAACAGCAGCUCAUCUCUAGCGAAACAACUGAUCUUGCAAAGAGAUGAAACUGAAGAUAACGAAACAAUAGUCUCUGAAAUCACAAGAGAAAACACAACAAAGUUUGACAUUACAAGCGAAAGAGCCACCCUCAGUGUCUCAACAAGCGAACGAACAACAAACCAUGCCACAACAAUGGAUAAAAUAACAAGCCCAAAACCAACAAGUAAUGAACUUGACAUGACGAGCCAAGAGGACACCAUCAGUGGCACAACAAGCAAACAAACAACAAACCAUGGCACAACAAUGGAGAAACUAACAAGCCCAAAACCAACAAGUAACGGACUUGACAUGACGAGCCGAGGGGACUCCAUCAGUGACACAACAAGCGAACGAACAGCAACCCAUGGCACAACAAUGGAGAAACUAACAAGUCAAAAUCUAACAAGCAACGGACUUAACAUGACGAGCCAGAGGGCCACCAUCAAUGGCACAACAAGCGAACGAACAACAACCCAUUCCACAACAAUCGAGAAUCUUACAAGCCAAAAACAAACAAGCAUCGUACCACAUGACUGUAGUGAUGUUUCUGUUGGAAAUUUUAGUGGUGUUUACACAAUAUAUAUUGACAAUCAACCUCUCGAUGUAUACUGCGAAAUGACUGAUUCUGGUCAAUGGACGGUGUUUCAAAGAAGAAUGGAUGGUUCUACAGAUUUCUACAGGACUUGGCAGGAAUAUCAACAGGGAUUCGGGAAUGUGCAUUCUGAAUACUGGUUGGGCGACAGUCUUACUUCACAAGAUUUACGAUACCCACCAAAUGGAUAUGAGUUCUCAACAUUGGAUAGAGACAAUGAUGGAUCCUUUAUGAAUUGUGCAAAGAAAGAAUGUGCUGGGUGGUGGUUCAAUUUUUGUACUGAGGGCAAUCUAAAUGGGAAGUAUUACAAUGGUGGUAUGAUAAAGAAUGACGGUAUAUACUGGGAAGCUUGGAAACUAUCGAAAUAUUCUCUCAGGAGUGUCUCGAUGAAAAUAAAACAAGUCUAA